AAGGGAAUUCGCCCUUCCCCGGGAGCCCUGCCAGCCCCGGAGAAGGAGACAGGGACGCUGCGGGACGGAGGGCAGGGACCAUGGGGCUGGGGGGUCUCCUCAUCCCCCUCCUCAUCCUCGGGGUGGCCGGUUCCCCACUGCGGAUAGUCACAGAUCCCUCCUCCCAGGCCCUGCUGGGCUCUGGGGCGCUGCUGAAAUGUCGGUUUGCCGUCGGGGGGCCAGUCGAUCUGCGCUCCCUGCGGGUUCAGUGGUUUCUGUUUGAGGAGACGAUCGCGCAGUACGACCAGGGCAGGGGACAAUCCCAGCCCGGAGCGAGCAUGUCGGAGCAGGAGUUGGAGACGGGGGACGCCUCCCUGUCGCUCUCCAGGGUGACGGUGUCGGAUGAGGGGCCGUAUCAAUGUGUGGUUGGUUACGGUACGGAGCAGCUGCAGGGAGAGACGACCCUCCGUGUGCUCGCUGCUCCCAGACUCUCCAUCCCCCGGCGAGCGGCCGGGAGAGACGCAGCCAGCUCCUUCCCCUGCCACGUGUGGGGAUUCUACCCCGGGGACGUCACCGUCACGUGGCUGAGAGACGGGCGGGUUCUGACCGACGUCACCCCGUCUGCCCCCCAGAGGAACCCGGACGGGACCUUCAACCUCACCCUGACCUACACCUUCACCCCCACCGCGAGCGACUCCGGCAGCCUCUUCUCCUGCCGCGUCAGCCACACGGCUCUGGCUCAGCCCCUGCGGGAGGAGUUCGCCCUGGAUGUCACAGCCGCUCUGAGGAUCUCCGUCCCCCAGCGAUCGGGAACGAUCUUUACAGCGAGCUCCUUCCCCUGCCACGUGUGGGGAUUCUACCCCCGGGACAUCGCCGUCACCUGGCUGAGAGACGGGCGGGUUCGGACUGAAUCCACGUAUUCUACCCCCGAGGGGAACCCGGACGGGACCUUUCACCUCACCCUGACCUACACCUUCACCCCCAUGGCCUGGGACAGAGGCAGCCUCUUCUCCUGCCGCGUCACCCACUCGGCUCUGGCUCAGCCCCUGCAGGAGGAGUUCGCCCUGACUUUCUCAUGGUUGACAGGUGACAUCGUCGUACUUGUCUUUGGGAUCCUCCUGCUCGUCGCUUUCCUACUGCUGUUCGCAUACCGGGUCUCCCAAGGGAAGACCUACCAGACAGUUAUGACGUUCCCCUCUGUUGCUAUCCGGACCAGUGAUCUGCUAGGUUACUCCAAUCCUUGACCCUGGGAGCCAGCCUUAACCUGCUCUGCUGUGAGGACCCCCACUCCUGGGCUGGUCACGCUCAGCCUCUGGCUUGUCAGCUGCUCCUUGGAUGGUGCAACCGAAUGACGCUAGCCAAUAUCUCCGGCCCCAGACACAACCCUGGGAACCUCUGUCUUGCAGUGUCCUGUUAUGCCCUCUGGACGCUGCCAUCUGGGACAAAGUCCUGAGCCUGUAUUGGUGGGUCCCGCGCUCCUGGGCGGAUUCAGUGGCCUCAGAAACUCGAUAAGGCCCCAAGGUGACCUCCCUUUCUCAGUGUAGCGGCCAGCGUCAUAGCCUCCGGAGUUACUUUCGUCACCGGGCAGUAUGGGAGAUGGGAAGGGGGAUUAGCCCACAGUCUCUGGUACUCCCUAGAGCUCAGUAGGCGCAAUUCGGCCUCCUGCCUGGACCGAGUCCUGCUUCCCUUCUCCAGGGGAUCUCUGUAGAGUAUGGGGGGGAGUUUGGUCUGUGCUCACAUUGCUAAGGCAAUUGGUUGGUAUAUUAUUCUCAAGCCUCCCCAGGAAAGGGGGUGAAAGGGCUUGGGGGGAUAUUUUGGGGUGGGAUAGGGCUCCAAGUGGCCUCUCCCUGAAUGUUUGUGUAAAUCACUUGGUGGUGGCAGCAAUGGACCGUCCAAGGACAAGAAGGGAUUUGUGUUUUGGGGAAGUUUUUAACCUAAGCUGGUAGCAAUAAGCCUAGGGGGUCUUUCAUGCAGGUCCCCACAUCUGUACCCCAGAGCUCAGAGUGGGGAGGGAACCCUGACAGGGGUGCUGGGUGUUCCCCCGAGGUACAGAGCGUCACACUAGUUACACCUUGACCCAAACUGUCACCGGCUGGUUUUCUCUCUCCAGACUGGGCUAGUCGAAGUCAUUACCCUUACAUCAGCGGUUGCUUGUACCAUUCCACAGACACCACCUGAAACCAUCCACAUUAAACAAACAAAGCCCAGUCGAUAGUUAUCCCAUUCAGCAUCUUUCGGUACCAUGCUUCAGUACAUAUGGAACAUCCCAAAUUAUUCAUUGGUGUCACCUUUACUAACUAAGGGGGGAGCAUCUUGUAACCCCCUUAUUCCUCAGCUGUAUAUAAUUGUGAUAUUGCAUAUAAAGCAUGAUGUGACAAAGUGG